UAUUGAUUGUAUGACGACAGCAUUAUUAACAAGAUACCUUUCUGAUAACUGCACCCCUGAGCCAUCCUGCGGCAGUGCGCAACAAAAGCCGUAAAGCAAUUUAUCAGGCUACUCCACGACGACGGCUAAACCUUGCCCUUGGACGUUUUCAAAGAUGUCUGUCCCCAGGAAACCAGGUGGAAAGGCACUGGAUCUUCUUCGAAAUUUGCCAAGGAUCUCUCUCGCGAAUCUUAGACCGAACCCGGGAGCCAAGAAACUUGAGAAGAGGCGAGGCCGAGGAGCCCAUGGGGGAAGCAAGAGUGGCCGUGGUCACAAAGGAGAAAGGCAGAGGGGCAAUCGCCCUCGGCUGGGUUUCGAGGGAGGACAGACACCCUUUUACCUCCUUAUCCCCAAAUACGGCUACAAUGAGGGGCACAGUCGCCGGCCUCAGUACCAGCCCUUAAGUCUGAAUAGACUCCAGUACCUGAUAGAUCUGGGCAGAGUUGACCCCAGAGAGCCCAUAGACCUCACACAGUUAGUGAAUGCCAGAGGAGUGACAGUGCAGCCACUGAAGAAGGACUAUGGUAUUCAGCUAGUGGAAGAGGGUGCUGACAUUUUUUCAGCUAAAGUGAACAUUGAAGUUCAGAUGGCUUCUGAACUUGCAAUAGCUGCCAUAGAAAAGAAUGGUGGGAUUAUUACAACAAGCUUCUAUGACCCCAGAAGUUUAACUGUCCUCUGUAGACCUGUUCCGUUCUUUAUGACUGGGCAACCCAUUCCAAAGCGUAUGCUUCCAGGAGAAGAUUUAGUCCCAUAUUAUACGGAUGCCACAAACCGAGGCUACCUGGCUGACCCAGCCCAGAUUCAGCAAGCCAGGCUUGAACUUGCCAGGAAAUAUGGGUAUGUUUUACCUGACAUUACCAAGGAUGAGCUGUACCAGAUGCUUACAAUGCGGAAGGACCCUCGGCAGAUUUUCUUUGGCCUCGCCCCAGGUUGGGUCGUCAACAUGGCGGAAAAGAAGAUUCUGAAGCCCACGGAUGAGAGACUGCUGAGUUAUUAUAGUUCAUGAAUCUGAAAAAAAAAACGUUCUAUAUUGGGUAAAAUGUGCUGUGAAAUUUUUAGGGGAUGAUUGUUGGUGAUUAUUUGUGUGGUGUCAGCCUGCACAGAACAUUGCAACUUUGGACUUCACAUACUGCAAAAGGAUAGGGAUGAAUGCAGACCUAGGCCAAGGAAAUGCACAGUCUAGGCUGUUUUAUUUCGCUUGUUGUCUGUUUGUAGUGAAAAGAGUCGCGUUCUGUAAAUAUUGAACGAUUUUACAGGUGUUACUACUUGAUAUAAUCAGAUGACUUUAAUGUUGCUCAGAGUGUUAUUUUGUGAUAAAGAAUGUUUUGAGUAAAAUGUUCUUUUAAAAACAGGAUAUCUUGGUGUGCUGCCUUAUUUGACGCACACUGUAAUAAACAGAAGUUCUUGGAUACAGUCACAAAGCAACGGGGUAAACAGGAGAUAAAGAGCGUGUCCUUAAAUAAUUGACUGGGCCAGGAACUUGAACAACAAGGGGCUUAUUGAUAUGAUACAAAUUGUGUUACUCAUUUCCAUGGUGUACUUUUCAGCUGUUGAUGAAAGUGCUGUAGUGCAAUUAGAAGAGAACCCAGGCUGUUCACUUAAAAAGAGAAAAGGGCACUUGGAUGGAAGAAACAUUGUGGUUUACAGGUGAAAGGGAAGCGAGGCAAACAAGAUAGCUGCAUGAAUGAAAACAGGAAACAGAUGCCAGCUGAUGUACAUUACAUGCUAAACUGUACAGCUAGGCUGAUGUAGGGAAUGCAAAAUUAGUCAGGAGCAGCUGUAUCCUGGCUAGGAUUUACAACGAAACACAUCCCCCUCCUCACGAGCGCAGACAGGCACACAUACACAAACUGUUCUUCCAGCAUGAUACAAACCCAGAUGGAAUGUCAGGUGCUUUCCUUGGAAUACAGUUAAAAACUGAACAAAUAUUUGAAAAAUUCUUUGAUUCUCGGCGCAGUGUGCGGAAAGGACUUCCCUGAUACUUUCAACCAGGAUGAACUGACCUGAAGAACUGCUAACAUUUCACUGGAGACCUAUCAAACAGCAUUACAGCACAUUCCAUACAUACCAGACUGAAAGCUGCAUGAUUAACUGCUGUCUGUUUAAACAUGAUUUAUUGCCAGCACCAUUCAAAAUUCCACAAUUAUGAAAGGAAUUCUCCUAUUUACAAGGUUUUGCUCCUCUAGGACACUUCUUGCGUGAAUCAUUACCAUCAUCAUGAGUGUUGUAUCCUCGCCCAUAAAACUUGUAAGACAUUGUCCUCAUAGUUAAUUUUGAGCCAGAUUUUUUUUUGUGAAACAAUUAAGGUUUCCAGUCCAACAUGUUCAUAGGAUGUCUAAUCAAACCAUUGGUGAUAGUGAGUGUGCUACUGCAGACCCUUAUAAAACCUCAAAUGUAAGGCUUCCCAGAGGCUAAUCCUGGUAACAUUAAAAUCUUUUCACAUUGUUAAAUAAUACAGAAUAACUUUCCAAUGAUCAGUAAAACUGCUGUUCAAAGUUGUCUACUUUUGGCAAACCUGAAUACACAAAACAAUAAUCUAAAUGUUGAAGAUAAUUUUAUACUGACUGCUUGUUAGCUUGUGUGUAAAUACAACCUUUACCAAGUAUGUUAUACUAAUUAACCGAUUGAUUAAAUAUCUCUUCCCACCUGUAAAAUGAGUAGCUUCUAUUACCUACGUUUUUCUACGUUCCCCUUUCUAGCAAAUCUAAUGUAGUUUGUGUGAUUUUCAUGUUUUCAUGUAUUUUGACGUAAUGUGUAUUUUUAGCAGUAAAAAUCACUUCAGUGGAAUAUCCACUGUGAAAUGAGUGUAAUUCUAGGUCAUCAAUAUAUUUUCUAUAAAGUGAUGACUAAGCGUGUACAUUGAUACAAGUUAAAUGUAUCAAUGUACAGGUAUGUCACAUUAAAAUUAUUCAAUUUUAAUGUGACAUACCUUGUUUUGGUCACCCUAUAGAUGGGCACUACAUUAGCAACUCUUCGGUCCCAAAUACAGACACAGCUCUCUGCAUGAAUGUCUAAUACACAGCAUCGUUAAGACAAAAAGCGAGUCUUUGUUAACAAUUAGAGGAAAACCAGCAGCAUGAAUAGCUGGUGUUCAUAAAUACCAUUAAUUAAGAAAUUAAACAUAGAACUUUAGAAAACAAGGUACAGAUUAUUACUUUAAUUCACUUCUUCCUGUCAGCUGCAAUAGAAUGAAUCAUCUACAGAAAUGCCAGUGUUUGAUGACAUUACUGUUGUUACUCUUUUCAUUCGAAAGCAAAUCUAAGUAAUACUGUAGCUGCAAAACAACCCUACAAAACCCUUUUAACCAGCGUUUGAGAAAAGGAAAAUAAAUGUCCUGAUACCUAGUACAGUUUUGUGUGUUUGGAAGCAUUUAAUAUGUAAAUAUUUUGUGGGGCAAUAUCAGUUUAGAAAAAGAGUGUGAAGUAGAAAAUUAUUUUUUUUUUUUAAUUGAAGGAGACUUGUUUCAUAAAUCAAGGCACAUAUACAGUACAGGAUUUGUUUGUUACCCACAAGGAUCUUGCAAUAACAGGAAAGGUACUUGUCAGGUAGUGCAGAAGGAAGUUAUCAAUGUCUACCAUACAUUCUCUUUUAAGUGGUAACUGAUGGAAAAAAAACACUUCCUCAGCCAUAUGAAUGAACAUCGUGACAGAUUUACUGUUCUUGCAUUUAUGAGCAGUGGAAUAAAACCAUUAGGGAGUUAUUUGUUGAAUGCCAUUUGAUUAAAUAAAGAAGGUAAAUAAAUCUA